AUGGGAGGAUGGGCUAAUGCAGCUUGCGGGGGCUGGUGCUUGGCGGUAAGGAACAUGAAAGCGGCUCAUGAGCUGAUUCAACAAUGGCGGACCAAGUGGUCUUCUAGUGGUACAGAACACCCACUUAAUAUCACAAUCUAUCAGCUUCACACGAUCAUAUCCGUUUUGAGUUAUUUGAAAACGCAUUUAUAA